CACUGACAUCAGAAAUUCCCGCGUGCAUAUGUGUAUUUUUGGGUGGUCAUCAGCACUCAUUCAUCACUUGUGUUCAUUAAGGUUUCCAUAAAUCUUCAUGAUGACAUCACCAGGGUUGAUAGCAGUUCUAGCUGGCUACAUUGGGGCCACAGAACCUGCUCUCCGUCUUCUUCUUUCUCUCCUGUUUGGCUAUCCGCUGGCCAUUGUGCAUCGGUACACAAUGCGCGAUCAAUCACCGACAGUGCAGCAUAUAUUCUUCAUACUCUCUGGCCUGUGGCUAUUCUACUUUAACUUUGCACUGCUGGUGAUCCACUCCAUCAUCUGCGUGGCCGUGCUGUACCUGACGCUGCUGGUGGCCGGCGGCACGCUGGGGUCCGUCGUCUUCUCCUUCAUCUUCCAGAUGGGCUAUCUCAUCACAGGGUAUGUGUUCUCCCAGACGGACGGCUACGACAUCAACUGGUGCACGCCGCACUGCGUGCUAACUCUGCGACUGAUCGGAGUCGCCUUCGACAUGUUCGACGGCCAUAAGGACAAGGCGGAGCUGCGGCCGGACCAGAAGGACACGGCGCUGACAGAGCGGCCCUCGCUGCUGGAGAUCGGCGGGCACGCCUUCUUCCCGGCGGCGGCCGUAGUCGGGCCGCAGUUCUCACUGCGGCUCUACCAGCAGUUCACGCACGGUCAGCUCAAGUUCGCGCCGGACGCGGCCGGCCUGCCUGACUGUAUCCGACCAGCCCUGCUGCGCCUCGGCCUGGGCGCCCUCUACAUGCUGCUCUACCAGCUGCUCUACACCCUGCUGGUGCCCGACGACUACUUCCACGGGCCGGCGUUUAUGGCGUCCAGCUUCUGGAGCAAGAUGUUCUGGAUCGGUGUCUGGGUGAAGGUGAUCUUCAUGCGUUACUUGGCUGCCUGGAUGUUCGCUGAGGGAGGCUGCAUCAUGCUAGGUUUGACGUAUAACGGUCAGGACAGCAAAGGCAACCACCUCUGGGACCGACUGGCCAACGUGCGCAUUCGUGUCUACGAGAAUGCGAUCAAGUUUCAGGACUAUGUGCCCGGCUUCAACGUGAACACGAAUGUCUGGGUCUCCAAGUACAUCUUCAAACGUCUCCGUUUCCUGGGUAACAAGGAGCUGUCGCAGUUCCUCACGCUCAUGUUUCUGGCCGUGUGGCACGGCUACCAUCUCGGCUACUUCGUCGUCUUCUUCAUGGAGUUCGCCAUCGUCUUGUGGGAGAGAAAGGUGCUGGGCGCGCUCUCUCAGUACCCGUCCGUGAUGUCCACCUGCUGGGACACCUGGCUGCGGUACCCGCUGCAGCUGGUGCUGCGCCUCUACACGCUCGUCUUCCUGGGCUACUCGUGCGUGCCGUUCGUGAGCGUGGUGCGCCGCCGCUGGUGGCCGCUGCUCAGCUCGGUGUACUUCUGCGGCCACGUCAUCUUCCUGUCGUGGCCGGCGCUCGUGCCGGCCAUUCACUGGCUGAUGCGGCUGUGCGGGGUGCGCGGUGCUGACGUGUCCGGCGAGGCGGCGCCACCGGCGGAGUCAACGCUGGACGACCUGACCACCAUCCAGACACCCAGCGGCCACCUCAUCACACUAACCUCGCUUUCCGGCCCGCUGAAGAGAAAGCAGCGCCGCUACAGGACGACGUUCACCAGCCACCAGCUGGACCAGCUGGAGCGGGCGUUCCAGAGCACCCACUACCCGGACGUGGUGUUGCGUGAGCAGAUCGCGGCCAGCGCCGACCUUACCGAGGCCAGGGUUCAGGUGUGGUUCCAAAACCGACGAGCCAAAUGGCGAAAGGGUGAGAACGUCACCUACAAACAGCUGACGGCGUCAUCGCUGGGCAGCCCGUCAGGUGGCGGCACGGGCGCCGCCCUGAUGGCGCUCGUGGCGCCACCCGAGGAGCAGGCGGCGGCCGGCCCAUUGAUAAGCCUCAGCGAUCUGACCAAGGACCUGAUGUUGCCGCUCGAGCCGUCGCCUCCUGCGACAUCGCCCACAAUCACCAUCGGCGACGGGCCUCCAACGCCGCUGUCCAGCCUCUGUGCCGGCCUUGACUGGGCCUCCUCCGGGCCGCUGGCGGUCGCCGACAGCGGCGUGUUCGCCGACCUGCUGAGCGCCGCCGGCGCCCACCAAUCAGCGUUCGCCGAGCCGGCCGACGGCAGGCAGCUGCAGUUCUCGGCCGACGGCACCGAGCAGGACCCGCUGUCCGGCUGUCGGUACGAACAGGACGGCGUCGAGCUUGACGACGAAUGAGAGGUGGCCGGGAGCGGUGCGUGCAGCACCAGCGGCAGAGGAGCAGGACUUUGACGUUGUUUUCGUGCCUCGUUUUGUGGAGGUUUGGAACUGACGUCUGCGGUUUGGCUUUUAAUGCGUUGUGUUUGCGCCUUUGAACUGCUGUGCAUGGCAGUGCAAGCUUAAAGCGCGUCCUGGCCGUCCGGUCGUCGAUCGACGCGAUUGUGGCGACACCUUCAUCGUGAGACUUAGGCGGGCCUGACAUCUGUUGGACGUUCUUGCCAGAUCGGCCCGAUCGUGUGAGGAGUAAUUGUGUAGGAUUGGGGUGAUUGUGUAGGCUGUUUGGUGCACCUCUGCAUAAAUUGAGUCCAUCGUGGGACUUUUAUCAUUUUGAUCUGUUCCUCGCAUGUCACCUGCCUUCAAAUUACGAGCACGAAGUAAAUGACUGCAUGAAUGAAAUAGGAACA